AUGUCUUCCCCCUUCCGACAGUGGUCACUGAAGAAUCUGGAGUCCAUUCAGGAAUGGAUUACUCCAGAGGCACAAGGCAGCAAGUACCGCCAAGAUAUCGAAUUCGCCCACGUUGAGAUAGACAUCGAUCAACCAUCUGACCAGUCCAUCUGGGAAACCAUCCUCGAUUCGGCGUGCCGAGACAGUGAUACCCGCACGCGUGUCUGGGUCGUCGGACCAGAUACACAGACCGAUAUCGCUACACUAGCAUGGCAUCAAGUCAACUCACGCAAGGAGGGCACUCACAAACAUAUCAACACGGCCACAUACCAAGAGUUCUCCGCAUUCCUCCAUGACAGCCGUAAUUCUCAAGGCCUCGGAUUCUAUGGUUCGGGCGAGAUUCGGGGCUGGACAUUCGAAGAUGAUACACUACAGACAGUGAUCAUCUACAUCGAUCCCCUUAUGAGCGCAGAAUGCGCCCUGGCAAUGCUGGGUACCGUGCACUGGGCGACUGUCAUCAGUGACGCCGUUCCCGUCCGAAUCCUCAGCAUCUCCAACGCACCUCACCCAGAAUCACUCAGCCGGCUUGUAGAUCACUACGGCCAUUCGGAUAUCACAGCCUUCAAGAGCGAGACCCCGGAGACGACAUGGGAGCAAGACCCAACAGAUGAGAACAUGAUCAAGACCAUAGAGCACGAUCUUGAGAAGGAGGAGGAAACGGAGCGACAGAUCAUUGUCUGUUACUCUCCUUGGGACUGGACUCGAAACCUACCCAGAAAGAGCAACCAGGAAUUUAUCUUAAAAACGGCUCAAGACGACUCGGUCGAGGAUCGAUUGAAGCACUUCGACAGGGUGCCAGCCAGAGACAUUCUGAACAACGAGCCGAAGCAAGUACAACUCGAGAAGAAAGACUACGAUGUGGUCGCCAAGGACGAAGCUUGCAUAAUGCUUCACCUUCCCCCGGGCUACCGACAUCCCUCCCCUUUGGCCGGAUUCGAAGUAAUUCAUCUUUGCCUCAGUACACUUCGCGAGCAGACCAUUUUCGAUCCAUAUACAGAGCAAAUGGCACGACUGCAUCUCCUGACGUCGGAAGAAGAGCGGCGAGAGCAGGUUGCGAUGACCUACCGCACAAGCCGCGCUCGUCGUCCACGAGUCAUGCUUUACUGCGAUCAGGGAACCAUCGAUGACUUUGUGGAGUUCGGGGCCUCCAAGAGGCGGCUUAGAAUCUGCAAUGAUCAUACCCCCGGCUUUAUUCUGGCUCUUGUCUGCCUUAAGGACUGGGAACUUGACAUGGAAAAAAUACUUUCGUGUUUCUUUUCAAAAGACCAACAACAGUCCAUCCUGACUCUUUUCCGGUGUAGGCUAGGUACGCAACGUAUCAUACGCGAGGCUAUCUCUGAGGUAGAAGAGAGACUAUUCAACUUCCUUGGAACGAGAUUCCAUGGAAAAGAAUCUCUUCUCCUGAAGCUCCUGCCCAUCGUUGACUUCGAUUACCGACUUGCUGUCUUCAUCGCCCACCCAACGCAAUCUGCAAAGGUCUUCAAAGUCAAGCUGCAAUUGGCCGCCAUCCUGGUCACCGGGAUUGAAAAGCUAUUCACGUUUGCUCGUCGAGGAAGCAUGCCAUAUGAGGAGUAUAAAAAAUCACUUAUUCUCGCUUGUCAAGGCUGGACCUCUCUGCUUGCUCGCAAGGGCGGCAGUAUGUGGCUCGCUGUGGGCUUAUGGAAAAGUGGCGCCGCAGACGUGAAGGACCGUGAUGUUGCUGAGUUGAGCGACGUCAAAAUACAUGGCGCUCCGGUCACGAUGAACAUGGCCGCGUUUCAUGCUGUGCAGCGGACACUCAAUUCAUUGACGAACGCCUGUGCCCUAUCAUACAUCCCCGUCCUUCCUGACUCACUGCCUGAGAAUGACGUACUCAGUAACUCAGAGUCCGAACAGAUCCAGGAACAUCUAGCUUGGGCCUACCUCUGGCAAGUAGUGCAAACCGAGAGACUCCCUGACGGCAAGAUAGUUCACCGACUACUCAACGGGACCCACGACAACUACAACCUCACCUUACCAGCUUGGGUUUUCGAUGAAAGCGAUGUAGACUGUUUGCUUGAUGGCGAUGUUCCUUACUACGACGACGGAUCGCACGACAACAGCAUCUUUGGUAUCUUUCACGGAAUGUCACGGGAGUUUGGAAUUUCGAACUUUUAUUUGGACGACUGGACCUACAUUUCAGGUGACAUUUUUCGCAAUGCUCAUCUCGACAGCGACUUUUGGGACCUCAAGGACGGUUCGAGCUUCUGUCCUCGCGACCCUGAAGAAAAAGAAGCCCUUUCAGGGUUUCCUGAGUAUACUGAAAGCCCGGAAGGAGAUUGGUUGUAG